GGCGGCGCGGUGCAGCGCGGGACAGCCCGAGCCACGCAGGAGGAUGGAACCCAGCAUGAACCUCCUGCACGACGCGGGCAUCCAGGCCACGCACUGGCUGCAGGAGCACUUCCGCGGCUCCCAGGACUUGUUCCUCUUCAUCUCCUUCGCUGCCGACCUCAGGAACGCUUUCUUUGUCCUCUUCCCCAUCUGGUUCCACUCCAACGAGGCCGUGGGCAUCAGGCUCAUCUGGGUGGCCGUGAUCGGCGACUGGCUCAACCUCGUCUUCAAGUGGAUCCUCUUUGGGGAAAGACCAUACUGGUGGGUCCAUGAGACAGAUUAUUACAGCAACGCCUCUGCCCCAGCCAUCCAGCAGUUCCCACUCACCUGCGAGACCGGCCCCGGGAGCCCCUCCGGACACGCCAUGGGUGCAGCAGGCGUGUAUUAUGUCAUGGUGACAGCCCUCCUCUCCGCUGCCAUGGGGAAGAAGCAGUUGAAGACACUCAAAUACUGGGUGCUGUGGACAGUGCUGUGGAUGGGGUUCUGGGCGGUCCAGGUCUGUGUCUGCCUGUCCCGAGUCUUCAUUGCUGCCCACUUCCCCCAUCAGGUCAUCGCAGGGGUUAUCUCAGGGAUGGCCGUGGCCAAGAGCUUCCAGCACGUCCGCUGCAUCUACCACGCCAGCCUCCGCCGCUACGUGGGCAUCACCUUCUUCCUCUUCAGCUUCGCCCUUGGCUUCUACCUGCUGCUGCGGGCGGUCGGCGUGGACCUGCUCUGGACACUGGAAAAGGCACAGAAGUGGUGCAAGCGCCCCGAGUGGGUCCACAUCGACACCACCCCCUUCGCCAGCCUCCUCCGUAACCUGGGCAUCCUCUUCGGGCUGGGGCUGGCCCUCAACUCCCACAUGUACCUGGAGAGCUGCCGGGGGAAGCAGGGCCAGCGGCUGCCGUUCCGCCUGGGCUGCGCCGCUGCCUCCCUCCUCAUCCUGCACCUCUUCGAUGCCUUCAAGCUGCCCUCCCACAUGCAACUGCUCUUCUACGUCCUCUCGUUCUGCAAGAGCGCAGCCGUGCCGCUGGCCACUGUCGGCCUCGUCCCUUACUGCAUCUCCCAGCUCCUGGCCACGCGGGACAAGAAGGCUGCGUAGGAACGGCCCUGCAGGUAACGGUGUGCCCGGGCUCUGGCCUCGGAGGCAGUCACAGACCGUGGAUGCACCCAGCACUGUUUGCUCCCCCUCUAAGCCUGCACAGACUGACUGCGGACAGGGAAGGUGCUGCCGGGCGGCUCCUGCAUGGACCCAUAGCGCUGGGCACGGUGUAGGCUCGGGUGGUCUGCGGCCAG